AUGAGAACUACCAUUACUUUUGCUCUUUACGCCAUCUCCGCUUCUGCCAUUAUCGUCUCUGCUGCUCCUGUCGUCCCUAACUCCUUUGGGGGUGUAGUGGUCGCAAGAGAUGGUGGUUCGGCAUAUACCGGUGCAGGAGGAUCUGCCGUUGGUGGCUCUCUUGCUGAAAACAAUUCUGCCCAACAGGGUGGUUUGGCAGGUGGAGAUGACAUCCUUGGAGUCGCCUCUGGUAAUGCAGGAGAUGGAGGUAAAGCCACUUCUGGUACUGCCUUGGGAGGUACCGGAGCUACUACUGUGUCCUACGUUAAUGGUCAGCCGGUCGUUAGCACUUCCAAUGGUGGUAGUGCCUAUUCAGGUGUAGGUGGAAAUACCAAUGGUGGUAACAUCAACCAAAAUAACAAUGCUGGACCUUACACUCCAUACUACUCUAAUGGUAGAUGGUACUACGAUUACGAUAACACCGCUGCUGCUGGUAACCUCGAUGCGUUGAAUGUCGCAAGUGGAAAUGCCGGUGAUGGUGGUGACGCUUCUUCUGGUGCUGCCAUCGGUGGAUCAGCCUCUCCUGUUGGAGCUUACGGUUGGCCAGUAAAUGGUCAUACUAGAUACUACUAA